AUGGACGUACCAGAAGACCCGAUCACGGAGCUCGCAGUGGGCAUCGACUUGAGCCCCUGCCCCACGCUCGACUUCUUGCGAAUCCUGGUGAAUUCGGAGUUCGUGAGAGACGGAAGGACCGCUAUGCUUCAGGCAAUGCUCAAGUCAUGGAAGGCGGAGGUUUCUCUCCAAACCGUCUAUCUCGUGGCACGCGCCGAGGAUCAACUGCAUCGACAACAAUUUGCACGCCUGCUCAGUAUAAUCGGCCUUGUCCUGGAAAAGUGGCUGUGGAAUGGCACUGACACACCGUCAAGUGUAGUUGCUCAGGUCAGCGAGCACGAUGUGCGACGACGAGUAUCGGUCGGCAUUCGUGACAGGCACGUUUGGCGAGGUUGGUGGUGGAAGCGUCUCGAAGAGUGCUUCCCGACGUUCGCGCGGUUUGACGCGCUCCAGAUGGAUUAUGCCAUACGUGAGUACUUCUCCGAGAAACAUCGUUGCGAGCAAAUACGGGAGACUCUCUGA